UCUUCAAUAUCCAGUGACAAUGAUAAUACGCCUGUGUUAUGGCAGGCGUGUACAGACUUCCCUAAAAUUGGUUGCAUGCGCUCUUACAGCGCUAUUCUAUUUUGGAUUUCUAUUUCGUGAGUCUAUGAAUGCAUUUGAACAGAAUAAAGAUAAAGCCGAGGCAGCUGCUGUGGCAGCUGGUCUAAUACAACCACCAGCCAAGGGGGAGUUGAAAAAUGCUCCUUCAUUAUUUAAACGCUUUCUCAAGGAUGCUUCCCUGAACAAUAAGACACACAAAACAUUAAGAAAUCUUGCCACAUCGUCAUCAUCUGCGGGAAGUUAUACAAGUAGCAGUACCCUAAAUCCUGUCUAUGAAUAUUCCGAAGAGAUACACAGUGCCACCGAAAAUGAUUUGAGACAGCGACGUCAGCAUUUGCAAGAGAUUUGUGAAAAAUAUAAUUUAUAUUCUUUUUACCCACCGAUGCCAAAAGAAUUCUUCAUAUCACCGGGUCAUAGUUUGGUAUGGUGCAAUGUCUUUAAGGCGGCCAGCAGUACAUGGAUGUAUUAUUUUAAUAUAUUGGGAGGAUAUGAUCCCAAAUAUCUACAAAAAGUUGAAACACCACCCAUAGAAUUGGCCCGACAACGUUUUCCACGACCCUAUCUACAGGAUUUGCUCGACAGUUUACCUUCAUCGCUGUCAUUUCUAUUUGCCCGUGACCCGUUUGAACGUAUUGUCUCCGGUUAUCGCAAUAAAUUGGAAGGUGGCAAAAAUUCGUAUUACAAAUGGUUAGCCAAUCGCAUUAUCAAACGAUUUCGCAAACCGCAAAUGUCAGCGCCGAAACCCAAAGGACCCACAUUCAAUGAAUUUGUUCAAUAUCUUAUCGAACAACAUGCCAAUCAGAAAGCUUUCAAUGAACAUUGGGCACCAAUCUACAACUUCUGUACACCGUGUAGCAUCAAUUUUACCAUAAUUGGAAAAGUGGAAACAUUUAAUCGUGACUCAGAAUAUAUUAUACGGCAGGCCGGUUUGGAAUCUUUGCUAUUGGGUAAAUUGCCAAAGAGUGCAUUGAAACGCAUUGGUAAUUUGUCGAAAGGUGCCAAGACAUACAACUCAUUAGAAAAAUACUUUUCCGAAAUUAAACGCUCAACCCUAGACCAACUUAUCGAUAUUUAUAAAUUAGAUUUUGAGUUAUUCGAUUACAAUUAUACCAAAUAUUAUGACUAUGUAAUACCCGAUGAAGUUGAGACCGAAAGAACGUCAUCAUCGGUUACCCUGGGACCCAGAAACGAACAGUCAUUGUCACACAAUUAGAUGUAUU